AUGGACGACAGGUGCUACCCCGUGAUCUUCCCAGACGCGCAGAACUUCCGCCCCUUCACGUCUGAUUCUCUGGCUGCCAUUGAGAAGCGGCUCACCAUCCAAAAGGAGGAAAGUAAAUCCAGAGACAAGACAGGGGGUCCAGGGGGUGACCCCCCGCCCCGGCCUCAGCUUGACCUAAAGGCCUCCCGGAAGCUGCCUAAGCUCUAUGGCAACAUUCCCCAGGAACUGGUAGGGAAGCCACUGGAAGACUUGGACCCCUUCUACAGAAACCAUAAGACAUUUAUGGUGUUGAACAAAAAGAGAACCAUCUACCGCUUUAGUGCCAAGCGGGCACUGUUCAUCUUCGGGCCUUUCAAUUCCAUCAGGAGCUUAGCCAUUAGAAUCUCAGUGCAUUCGUUGUUCAGCAUGUUCAUCAUCAGCACCGUGGUCAUCAACUGCGUGUUCAUGGCGAGAGGUCGCGUGAAGGACAGCAACAGCACAGAGCCCGACACUGCCGAAUACGUCUUCACCGGGAUUUAUAUUUUUGAAGCUUUGAUAAAAAUACUGGCAAGAGGUUUUAUUCUGGAUGAAUUUUCUUUCCUUCGAGAUCCAUGGAACUGGUUGGACUCCAUCGUCAUUGGAACAGCGGUUGUUUCCUAUUUCCCAAACAUCAACAUCAAUCUGCUGUCCCUGCGGACCUUCCGAGUGUUCAGAGCCUUGAAAGCGAUUUCCGUGGUUUCAGGCCUCAAGGUCAUUGUGGGGGCCUUGCUGCGCUCCGUGAAGAAGCUGGUGGACGUGAUGAUCCUCACCCUGUUCUGCCUCAGCAUCUUUGCCCUGGUGGGUCAGCAGCUCUUCAUGGGAAGCCUGGGCCUCAAGUGUGUCGACAACGAGUGCGUGAACCACACUCAUCACCUGGAAGACAAAUGCUUUGAGAAAAAAGAAAAUUCUAAAGAAUUCAGAAUGUGUGGCACCUGGAUGCAGGAUGGAGCCUGUUCCAAAAAUUACACAUGCCUCCUCACCAGAUUUAAUCCUGACUACAAUUACACGAAUUUUGACAACUUUGGCUGGUCUUUUCUUGCCAUGUUUCGGCUUAUGACUCAGGAUUCCUGGGAGAAACUUUAUCAGCAGACACUGCGCACCACUGGGCUCUACUCAGUCUUCUUCUUCGUGGUGGUCAUCUUCCUGGGCUCCUUCUACCUGAUUAACCUGACCCUCGCUGUUGUCACCAUGGCCUAUGAGGAGCAGAACAGGAAUGUCGCCGCAGAGACUGAGGCCAAGGAGAAGAUGUUUCAGGAAGCGCAGAGGCUGUUGAAGGAGGAGAAGGAGAAUCUGGUUGCCAUGGGAAUUGACAGAAGUUCACUGAAUUCCCUUGAAGCCUCAUCUUUCUCCUCAAAGAAGAGAAAGCUUUUUGGUAAUAAGACAAGGAAGUCUUUCUUCAUGAGAGAUCGACAGAAAGACCAGGCUCUGGGAUCAGACUCUGAUGACGACUCCUCCCAGAAGCCACAUCUCCUAGAGCAAACCAAGCGCCUGUCCCAGAACCUGUCAGUGGACCACUUCGAUGAGCAUGGAGACCCUCUCCAAAGGCAGAGGGCCCUGAGCGCUGUCAGCAUCCUCACCAUCACCAUGCACGAACAGGAAAAAGCCCAGGAGCCUUGCCUCCCCUGCGGGAAAAGCCUGGUGGCCAAGUACCUGGUGUGGAACUGCUGCCCGCUGUGGGUGUGCAUCAAGAAGGCCCUGCGUGCCGUGGUGACGGACCCCUUCACUGAGCUGGCCAUCACCCUGUGCAUCAUCAUCAAUACGGUCUUCUUGGCGCUGGAGCAUCACAACAUGGACAAGGAUUUCAAGGCCAUUUUGAGUACAGGGAAUUUGGUUUUCACUGCCAUUUUCAUAGCAGAAAUGUGCCUCAAAAUCAUGGCUCUGGAUCCCUACUACUACUUCCGUCAACGCUGGAACAUUUUCGACUGCGUCGUCGCUCUCCUGAGUGUGGUGGACGUGAUCUACGUGAGGCACAACCUGCCCUACCUGCGUCCCCUCAGAGUGCUCCGGGUCUUCAAGUUAGCCAAGUCCUGGCCAACUUUAAACACACUGAUUAAGAUAAUUGGACACUCUGUAGGAGCCUUCGGAAACCUGACGGUGGUCCUGGCCAUUGUGGUCUUCAUUUUCUCUGUGGUUGGCAUGCAGCUUUUCGGCUCUAAGUUCUGUUCCGUAAAGAGUAGGAAGCUGUGUGACCCUGGCGAGUCCUGCGCACGGCGCUGGCACAUGGGGGACUUUUACCACUCCUUCCUGGUGGUGUUCCGCAUCCUGUGUGGGGAGUGGAUCGAAAACAUGUGGGAAUGCAUGCAGGAGAUGGACACGGAGGCGCCGCUGUGUGUGAUCGUCUUUGUGCUGAUCAUGGUCAUAGGCAAACUUGUGGUGCUCAACCUCUUCAUUGCCUUGCUGCUCAACUCCUUCAGCAGUGAGGAGAGGGGCGGAAACACAGAAGAAGAGACCAGGAAGACCAAAGUCCAGCUGGCCCUGGAUCGGUUCCGCAAGGCCUUCGCGCGCCUUCUUCACCUGGCCGGGCGUUUCUGCCGCAGGCGGUGCCGGAAGCGAAGCUCACUACAGCGAACGGAGGGGGCCGCAGCCCCUGCUACAGAGGGCACGGACGUCAUCGCCCUGGCCGCCGGGAGGACAGUGGGCCCGGAGCCCCGGGAGGCCGUCGGUGCCCCAGCCUCCGGACCAAGGCCCUUGAGUACUGGACACAGUUGGGCCUGGCUGGCCCCACUCGCGGAAGAGGACGACGCCACCUCUCUCGGAGAAGAUGACCCGGCGGCCGCCACACAGCAGGCCCAUCAGGAGACCGAGAAGCCCUCCAGCCCCGGAGUCCAAAGCGUGGAAGUUGAUGUGUUCUCUGAGGAUAUUUGUCCGACUUCACAGAACCCCCAAAAGAAGUCUGAUACCAACAGUGUCCUCUCGGAAUGUAGCACCAUCGAUCUCCAGGAGGCCUUCCGGUGGUUCGCAGAAGCGGCGCCCAAAAAGCAGCCAGACAGGUGCUUGCCCAAAGGCCUGAGUUCCUGUUGCCCGUGCUGCAGCGUGGACAAGAGAAAGUCCCCCUGGGCCACUUGGUGGAACCUGCGGAAAACCUGCUACCAGAUAGUAAAACACAGCUGGUUUGAGAGCUUCAUUAUCUUUGUGAUUCUGCUGAGCAGUGGGACACUGGUAUUUGAAGAUGUUUACCUUAAGCAGCAGCCCAACAUUCAAAGACUGCUCAAUUGUACCGACAAUAUUUUCACAUUUAUUUUUAUCCUGGAGAUGGGUCUGAAAUGGGUGGCCUUUGGAUUCAGGAAGUAUUUCACCAGCGCCUGGUGCUGGCUGGAUUUCGUCAUUGUGAUUGUGUCUGUGAUCAGCCUCAUCAACCUCAAGUCCUUGAAGUCCUUCCGGACUCUGCGAGCUCUGAGGCCACUCCGGGCGCUGUCGCAGUUUGAAGGAAUGAAGGUGGUGGUGAACGCUCUCAUAGGUGCCAUACCUGCCAUUCUGAAUGUUUUGCUUGUCUGCCUCAUUUUCUGGCUCAUAUUUUGUAUCGUGGGAGUAAACUUCUUUUCUGGAAAGUUUGGAAAAUGCAUUAAUAAAACAGACCCAAAUUUGUUUACAAAUCAUACCAUCAUUACAUAUAGAAACCAAUGCCAAACUGACAAUUUCUCUUGGGUCAACCCGGAAGUCAACUUUGACAAUGUGGGGCAAGCUUACCUCGCUCUGCUGCAGGUGGCGACGUAUAAGGGCUGGAUGGAGAUUAUGUAUGCUGCUGUGGAUUCCCAAGAUAAAGACAUGCAGCCGGUGUUUGAGGCGAAUUCAUGUAUGUACAUCUACUUCAUAAUUUUUAUCAUCUUUGGCUCAUUCUUCAGUCUGAACCUCUUUAUUGGCGUUAUUAUUGACAACUUCAACCAACAGCAGAGAAAGAUAAGUGGCCAAGACAUCUUUAUGACUGAAGAACAGAAGAAGUACUAUAAUGCCAUGAAAAAAUUAGGAACCAAAAAGCCCCAAAAACCCAUCCCAAGGCCUCUGAACAAGUGUCAAGGUCUCGUGUUCGACUUAGUCACAAGCCAAGUGUUUGACGCCAUCAUCAUCCUUCUCAUUGUCCUGAACAUGGUUAGCAUGAUGGUCGAGACGACCGAGCAGUCUCCAGCCAUGACGGCCGUCCUUGACUACCUCAACACAGCCUUUGUGGUCAUCUUCACGGCAGAGUGUCUCAUCAAAGUCUUCGCUUUGAGGCAGUACUACUUCACCAAUGGCUGGAACUUAUUUGAUUGUGUGGUCGUGGUUCUGUCUAUUGUUAGUACGAUGGUGUCCGCCCUGGAGAAGCAGAAGCACAUCCCUUUCCCUCCGACGCUCUUCCGCAUCGUGCGCCUGGCUCGCAUCGGCCGCGUGCUGAGGCUGGUGCGGGCGGCCCGGGGCAUCAGGACGCUGCUCUUCGCGCUCAUGAUGUCGCUGCCGUCCCUGUUCAACAUCGGGCUCCUCCUGCUCCUCGUCAUGUUCAUCUACGCCAUCCUCGGCAUGAACUGCUUCUCUGACGUGAGUCCGCAGCCCGGGGUCGACGACAUCUUCAACUUCAAGACUUUCGUGCGGAGCAUGCUCUGCCUCUUCCAGAUCACCACUUCCGCGGGCUGGGACGCUCUGCUCAGCCCCAUGCUGAAGUCGGAAAACGCCUCCAAGAACCGCUACCUCCCGGCCAUAGCCAUCGCCUACUUCGUCAGCUACAUCAUCAUCUCCUUCCUCAUCGUGGUCAACAUGUACAUCGCCGUCAUCCUGGAGAACUUCAACACGGCCACGGAGGAGAGUGAGGACCCCUUGGGUGAAGACGACUUCGAAAUAUUCUAUGAAGUGUGGGAGAAGUUUGACCCCGAGGCCACGCAGUUCAUCGCCUAUUCCUCCCUUUCCGACUUCGCCGAUGCCCUGCCAGAGCCUUUGCGGGUGGCAAAGCCGAACAAAUUUCAGUUUCUAGUGAUGGACUUGCCCAUGGUGAGCGGGGACCGGCUGCACUGCAUGGACAUUCUCUUUGCGUUCACCACCAGGGUGCUCGGCGACUCCAGCUGUCUGGACAGCAUGAAGGCAAUGAUGGAGGAGAAGUUCAUGGAGGCAAACCCUUUCAGGAAGCUCUACGAGCCCAUAGUCACCACCACCAAGAGGAAGGAGGAGGAGCGGGGCGCUGCGGUCAUUCAGAAGGCCUUUCGGAAGUACCUGACCAAGAUGACCAAGUGCCCCGUGGAAGACAGACCCCCUUCCCCACUCCAGAUGCUCUGCAACGGAGACGUGCCCAGCUCCGAGGCCGCCACGGGCAAGGCCCACUACGACUGA